AGGAAGCCCUUAGGUUGAAUUUACCUUUUCCCUGGUUCAAAUGGUAAAGAAUCAGCCUGUGAUGUGGGAGACCUGGGUUCGAUCCCUGGGUUAGUAAGAUCCCCUGAAGAAGGGGAUGGCAACCCAUUCCAGUAUUCUUGCCUGGGAAAUCCCAUGGAGAGAGGAGACAGGCAGGCUACAGUCCAUGGGGGUCUCAGAGUCUCACAUGACUGAGCAACUGAGCACAGUGCUUUUUCCCGAUUAUAAAUGUCGGGGCAGGAGACACCUGGAAGGGGGGUUGUCUUGUACAUGCCUCUCAGGUGGGAAACUGUUUCUCUUGAAUGCUUACAAGGGAAAUUACUAGGUCUGAAAAUGAUCCUCCCAAGCUGCCGGCCCUAAAGGCUGUACUCCCCACAGUACCAGCAGCAUUGCAGGGGAGUGCUCACUUUGCUGCAUCUUCACCAGCACUGGGUAUUAAGGUAAUAUUCAUUUUUUGAGAUAGUGCCUGAUAACCAGCAUGUCUGGAGGUGGGUGUUGUGGUGGUCUGCCCAGUCGUCCACUUCCUCCUUUGUCACGCACUCCCCACCGUGUCUUUCAGCCUGGCUGCUCCACCUCGGUCUCCGCCAUGAACGGGCCCACCCUGCAGUCCUCCUCGGCCUCGUCUGCGUCCUCGGCCUCCACCUCGGCGGCGGCCGCCCCGUCCCCGCGGGGCUGGAGUGAGUUCUGCGAGCUGCACGCGGUGGCCGCGGCCCGGGAGCUGGCCCGGCAGUACUGGCUCUUUGCCCGCGAGCACCCACACCACGCGCCGCUGCGCGCCGAGCUCGUGUCGCUGCAGUUCACCGACCUCUUCCAGCGCUACUUCUGCCGCGAAGUGCGCGAGGGCCGGGCGCCCGGGCCGCCGGCACCCCGGGCCACCCCCGCCGCCCCCACGCGCGACUACCGUGAGACGGGCCGCGGAUCCCCGGCCAAGGCCGAGGCGGCCCCAGCCGAGCCAGGCGCCGGCCCCGCCGCCCCCGCCCCCGCCCCCGGCCUGCCCAAGGCCCGCAGCUCCGAGGAGCUGGCCCCGCCGCGGCCGGCCGCCACCUGCUCGCUCCAGCACCUGCGCCACAGCCUCCGCCACAUCUUCCGCCACCGCUCGGCCGGCGAGCUGCCCGCGGGCCCCGUCGCCACCAACGGGGAGGCCGGCGAGGCCCCGGCCAGGCCCGGCCUGGCCAGGAAGCUCCUGCCCUGGAGCCUGGCUCGGGAGCCGCCGCCCGAGGCCCUCAAGGAGGCGACGCUGCGGUACAGCCUGGCCGACGAGGCCUCCAUGGACAGCGGGGCGCGCUGGCAGCGGGGGCGGCUGGCUUUGCGGCGCGCGGGCCCCGACGGCGCAGACCACCUGCUCGAGCUCUUCGACCCGCCCAAGAGUUCAAAGUCCAAGCUACAAGCAGCCUGCUCCAGUAUCCAGGAGAUCCGGCGAUGCACACGUCUUGAGAUGCCUGACAACCUGUACACCUUUGUGCUAAAGGUGAAGGACCGGACAGACAUCAUCUUUGAUGUGGGAGAUGAACAGCAGCUGAAUUCGUGGAUGGCCGAGCUCCGGGCAUGCACAGGCCAAGGACUCGAGACCACAGACCCAGAGCCGCACUUUCCCUCAGCCACAGAACCCGGCACGGCUGACUCUCCAAGGGGAAGCACAGAUUCUUUGAACCAAGGUGCUUCUCCUGGGGCGCUGCUGGAUCCAGCCUGCCAGAAAACAGAUCACUUCCUGUCCUGCUACCCCUGGUUCCAUGGUCCCAUCUCCCGGGUGAAGGCGGCUCAGCUGGUCCAGCUGCAAGGUCCUGAUGCUCACGGAGUGUUCCUGGUGCGGCAGAGCGAGACGAGGCGCGGGGAGUAUGUGCUCACGUUCAACUUCCAGGGCAUAGCCAAGCACCUGCGCCUGUCGCUGACUGAGCGGGGCCAGUGCCGAGUGCAGCACCUCCGCUUCCCCUCAGUCGUGGACAUGCUCCACCACUUCCAGCGCUCGCCCAUCCCCCUCGAGUGCGGGGCUGCCUGUGACGUCCGGCUGUCCAGCUACGUGGUUGUUGUCUCCCAGCCACCAGGUUCCUCCAACACUGUUCUGUUCCCUUUCUCCCUCUCUCGCUGGGAUUCAGAGCUGGGCCUUCCCCACCUUAGCGCUUCUGGCUGUCCACGGGGUCUUGGCCCAGAGGGUCUCCCAGGCCGAUCCUCUCCCCCAGAGCAGAUCUUCCACCUGGUGCCUUCGCCCGAGGAACUGGCCAACAGCCUGCGGCACCUGGAGCCCGAGCCCGCCAGUCGAGCCCGGGACUCAGACUAUGAAAUGGACUCCUCCUCCCGGAGCCGCCUACGGGCCAUAGACAAUCAGUACACGCCUCUCUGAUGGGCCUCAUGCUGCCCGGAGGAGCACAAGCAAGCAGAGAUGUGAACUUGUGAAUGUAUUUCCUUCCUUCCAGAGAGAGAUUCAAGGGACACUUUUAACUGCUCAUUCCAGUUUGGAUGUGACCCUUCUAUUAGGCCUGUUAAAGGGCCUCCAACAAGUUCCAUUCUUACCUGGCUUUCUCCUUAUUGUUUACAGAUGUAGUUCUUGUUCAAGGAUGUCCCUAGGACCAGGCCCCAUCACUCUUGAGAGGCGGCCGGGGUUGGGGGAGGGGGAGGGCUGGAGUUGGCAGUGGAAACUACUUCUCCUUUUCACUGACACUGUCUGUCCCAGCUGACAGACUUUCUACUUGGGGAGGGGCCCCAUAUGGAAGCCCAAAACACUAACAAGCCCUGGAUUCUGCCGUGGUUUUCCCACUGUAGCGUCAGUCCAGGUGGCAGGUCUGCUGUACCCAAGCCACAGGUGACCACACCUAUCCUGCUUCCACUCUCAGCUUUAGGACAAAGUUCUGGCAGAUGGACAAGCUAAAGGUCAAAAAUGAUUUUAAACAUUUUUACCUCAGAUUAAUUUUUCAAAGAAUUCAGGUUUCAAAAUUAAACCAUUGCUUAUUUCAUUGCACUGUUUGAACUAAUACACAUGCAAUUUUUAUAGUCAGAGACAGCUAUGCAAACCUACUGACCAGUUCCUGGUUCAAGCCAGUAUGCCUGGCUUCCUUGUCUGUUAUAUUCUCAGGAUAGUCACCUGUUGCUGAGGAGAUACUGUCCUUCCUAAAUGUAGAGAAGUGAAGUGUGUCAUUCUUUCAAGGAAAUUCCAAGCAAUUACUGAAAGAGGAGGGUGGCCAGGAACAGUUCCACCCCGGUGCCUUAAGAAUAAAAAACUGAAUUCUGGUUUACAGUAGCUUUAUGGUGAGAGUUAAACUGGGGUGAGGGAGGGGCAAGGAAAAAAGGGGCUGCUGGGCCCUUUCUAGUAAAUCUUUCACCAACAGGGCUGGCUCAGAGCCUCCAAGCAUCUAAAGGCUUAUUAAAUUAUUCCACAAGGUUUAGGCUCAUUUUUGAGCCAAAAUGGAAGCUAGGAAUCUGGUGCCACAGCUAAUGAGAAACUCCUUUAAUAGUCCACAAUCAGUGUUCUGUUCCAGCAGUGACCACUGCUUCAUCUGAUGAAGACUAUGUGUGCAUGGAUACACAGGCACCCAUAACCUCCACCAUCCCCAGAGGUCCUGCAGUCGAAUCUCCAUCUGUACUUGCCUUUCACAAGUGACACAAUUCAUAGGGGGCUAGCUCCUCCCACAACUUUCAUGCAGAGGCUCAGAAACAAGGGAGGCAGUGACCCAGCAGAGUCAGCUGCUUCUGGUGCCAGCAGAGCCAUUCAGUAUAGCUGCCAGCCUUACCCAAGUGGCUUCUAGGAAACUGGGAGUUUUAUUAGCACAGCUUAACAUUUACAGAUGUAUCAAUCAAAGGCUAAAAUUAAACCUUGGCCUAGACUAACUACUGCCUGCCUUAUCUGGGGUGAGGGGUUUGUCUGUUCCAGCCAUUCUCUGUACUCCAGGAGGUCAGACUUUAGGAGGGGUAGGGAGGUAAGCAGCCACCUUGCUUCACUACUUUUAAAACCAACACUCCUAGCAGUCCAGUGGUUAGGACUCUGGACUUCCACUGCCUGGCACAUGGGUUCAAUCUCUUGUUAGGGAACUAAGAUCCCUCAAAAAAUCUACAUACUAACACUCCUGGGUGGUUUCACAGAUGGUAAAGUAUAUCCAACUCUCAAUCUAUGGUUGUGGUCCAUUUCUAAGGGCUACAUUUUCUACACAUCAAGCAUUACUGAGUAAUGAAUGCUAAGCAAACGCAGACCAGGAGGGUAAACGUAGAGAUAUGGCAUCUACAAACCUGGGGCACUCGCUUCUUAACAGCCUCUCAACAUACAAGUCUCAGGUGGUGCCAAGAGGCUAGCCAGGCCCAGCAAGCUCGCAGCUCUGAAUGAUUGGCUGCAAAGUACAAGCUCAGAAUCUGAUACAGUCACCCACUUCCAGACAGCUUCAGUGUAAAAUGUUCAAGAAAAACAUUUCUUGACUAAAUGUGUCUGAGUUACCUGGACAGUUCAAAUACAUUCCAACAAAAAAGGCCCUUUGUGGCCUAGGAAGAAGUGACACUAAGCCAAUGCCUUUUCUUUCUGCUAGAGCAGGUCAAGCUGGAGGAAGGGGGAGCAGUGGGGCCCAGGGCGUGAUGCCCUCACAGGCAGUGAGGCAGCAACCCUGAUAGCUGCAGCCAGCCCACUGCAGUCAGAGCACAUUCCAUCACCCUCUUUCCAGACCCAAUGUGACCACUGCUGCCGGCAAGAGGCCAGGCCGGCAGCCUCUGCUAAGAGCCAGGCUCUGAGUGGCAAACGGACCCUGAGUAUCGCCAGCCCUCUUUCAUCUCUAAUGACAGAUGACGAGGAUGGCCUGGCUGCUCCCAGCACCGUCACUUCGUUCACCUGACUUUAGUGAACUUUACAAACUAACAGUCACCAGCACCAAAGAAUUAAGUCAACUAACCUGCCUUGAAUUUUAGACCAGCAAUCCAUAUGGCUUUAUCUGGUAUAAAUCUUCUGCCUUUGAUCAUUUCUGGACCGUGUAGGAAAAAGGAAUAGCAAUCAUUAAAAUCUUAAGCCAGAGAACACUAUUUUUACAUAACAGUUUCUUAACCUAAAAUCAAAGCCUUGAACUCUUCCCUAAGGGUUGCCUGAGAUUCCUUCAUGCUGUUAUUCAGGGCUAAGUCUGUUAUCACAAAUAUCAUGUGAGUGCUAACAUCUCCCACAAGCUAGAGGAACAUGAUAGUUUAUUAUCCACUGCCUCUUAACAAGGACACAUCUGACACCCAGUGUUUAGCUGGAAUAAAUAGCACAUUGUAAUGACAACACAGAGAAUGGAUUCAUCUUGUAUCAUUAUAGGCAGGAGGUCUAUUUGGCAAAUUUUUAUGUAUUGUUUAUGUACUGUAUAAGUAACUUAUUCUUGAAUACAGAUUUUGCUAUAAUGUACAAAUUGCUACAUGUUAAUUAAAACAAAGGUUUUGGAAUCUU